AUGCGUUCAUCUUUUGCUAUUCUCGCCAUGGCCAUCUCGGCCGUCUCGGCCCAGACUGUCAAGAACUAUAAGAGCUCUCUCGACAUGACCCUUGACGACCCCAACGCUGUCGAUCUCGCCAGGCGAUCCGGUUGGUGUGGAGCCCAGCAGAAUACCUGCGAUACUCUUUGCAGUGAUAACACCGACAAGAACAACUGUGACGACAACACCCUGAAGUGGGAAUGCACAUGCUCUUCCAACAGCUCGGCUCCUGGUCUUCAGUACUACACCCAGACCAUCCCUACCUUCAUCUGCAACCAACUCCUUGCCGAUUGCGUCGCGAAGACCAGCACCUCUGAGGGCACCAAGGAGUGCCGAACCAAGAUCCAGCCCCUCUGCGCCGAGCAAAACCCUCCUAAGAAUGUUGCUAGCAACGACGACGACGACGAUGACGACGAUAGCAGCACUACCAGCGGCACUGCUACUGCCACGGCCACUCAGACUUCAUCGGACACUAGUGGUUCUGCGGAGGCUGUGUCAACAACAGCUUCUGAUGCCUUUGCCGCCCCUACUAUGGCACCAGCCGGCAAGGGUGCCGCCGCCGCCGUUGCUCUCGGUAUGCUGGCCUACCUCAUCUAA